AUGAGUUCUACGAAAACAAAAAAGAAGCAAACGACAGGAACAACAAGCGAAACGACAACACAAGAACAGCAACAAACGGCAUGGGGAGGAAGAUACCUCGGAGUCCGAAGAAGACCAUGGGGAAGAUACGCCGCUGAGAUUCGCGAUCCUUCGACAAAAGAACGACACUGGUUAGGAACAUUCGACACUGCUGAAGAAGCUGCUUUGGCUUACGACAGAGCCGCACGUGGCAUGCGUGGCUCACGUGCUAGAACCAAUUUCGUUUACGCCGAUACACCUCCCGGUUCUUCUGUUACUCCGAUCCUCUCCCCCGACCAACAACAUCAACAAGAACAAGCUUUUCAUGAACUCUCCUUUGUUCUUCAACAUGAACCGUUUCCGGUUCAACAUAACCCGGUUCAGUCUCUCGACUCGGUUUCUUUCGUAACAUCAACCGGUAAUUACGGUUACGGUUAUGGUGAGGAAAACAAUAAUAUUAAUUUUAAUAAAUAUAAUCUUCCUCCUCAUGUUCCUCUUGCUACAUUGGAAGCUAGUAUUAAUAAUAACAAUAAUAAUAAUAAUAAUAAUAAUAAUAAUAAUAACAAUAAUAAUAAUAAUAAUAAUGAAAAUUCUUAUUUUAACCAACAAGUGUUUUUUGAGGAUGUUGUUGUUAGUAGUAGUAGUGACACCAAUAGCAUUGAGCUUCCGCCUUUGCCGCCGGAUAUAACUAGCUCGGCGUGUUAUGAUCAGGCGUUCAACGGUGGUGAUCAUGAUCACGGGUAUUAUUAUUCAUCAUGGGAGCAGAAUGUUGGAGGAGAUUGUUAUAAUAAUCAAAUGUUGGGUUCGAAUGUUGGAGGUGUCGGAGUUACGGAGAAUAAUGUUAUGGCAAGUUCUAUUGAUGGUUUUGAUUUCGGAGGCUCUUCAUUUUUCUUCUGA